CUCAUUCCAUACGGAUAUCAACUGUUUCCCCCGUUUCACUUCUCAGGGUAUAUUAUCCAUUCUAUCGUAUUCAAAACGCCCUCCGCAUAUCUCAUCAGCCGGAGGGUACCAAGCCGAUCCGUCACCUAAGGCCCCGGAGCCAAUCUGUACGGUAGCCAACACAAAUCGCUACAAAGCCAUGGACGACGAGUUCUUGAUUGAUUUAUUCCUGGAGGAGAGUAAUUUUGUCGAUCCGGACAACCGCUCUGGUCCAGCCGCAAAAGUUUACGACAGCUUCGGGCUAAACCAUACUCAGUAUCACGAUAACUACCAUGACUGUUCGACAACCAGACACGACGAUCCGCUCAAUUGUCCAUUAAGUUGGAAAGAAACCAUAGCCAGCUCGGAUAUUGCACAUACAAUGAGUGAUGGUAGGCCACUUUACACCACUAGUCCCUCAUUUGCCAAAUUCGACACCCAUCACAAACUUCCCUUUUUGCUACACUCAGGGACGGAUUCUAACCUUGGCAUGUUUGAUUCCCCAAACACUCAGAAGCAGUACCACUAUCAUCUGAGCGAUAUGUUCAUUCUUGAUUCCACGUCCAUGUCAAUAGCCGAAAAUCCCCCUCUUGAUCCUCUUGGAUCAUUCUACAUUGACCCGCCAUCGAAUCUGCAAUCCAGUAGCCCGGUCAUCUACACUCCAACAUCUAGCAAUGGAUCAGACAAUGCUAAUAUGGAAGCUACUCAGCAAUACUUCUGUGAAGGUGUGCGGAGCAGCGACCAUCCAGACUUCGAUGGCAAAGAACUUUCUUUGGGCUUUCAUCCACAGCUGAGCCAUGAGACUCAACGAAACAAAGUCACAAACUCUAUUCAAACCACGCCAAAGCCGACGUGUAUCCAUCGUCUCCCAGAGCGCCUAGACGUCUCUUCAACUCUUCUGGGACCACAUCCUCUCCAACCUCCACCCGAGAAACUGAUGACGACCUUCGAAAUUAAACAAUCAACCACAACCGUAUCGAAGGGUAAAAAAGCUUAUAGCGUGGAGGAAAGGAAGAAAGUUGAGCAAGUAAGAAGAAAGGGAGCAUGUUGGCAGUGUCAGAUUAGGAAAAUUGCGGUGUGUUAAAAUGUUGAUGCGUUCCCUACAAGGCCCUCUACUGAUAAGAGAGUCAUAGUGCUCUACGGACGAAACAUGUACCCGCUGUCAGAGGAUGGCUAAAAAUCCUAACUUAGCAGGGCAGAUCUGCCUAAGACAGAGA